AUGGCAGAAGGAAUAGAAGGAGACAAGUAUGCAUGCAAUGCAACAGAAGCAAACUGUGAGAUCGCAGGCCUCCCAUGUGGCCAGACGUACAAUGUGACUGUGUUAGCGAUGGACGAGAAUUGCACCAGUUUAUCAAGUCCAGCUUUUGAAAUUCAAACAGCACCCUGUAUCCCACAGAAUGUGGUAGCUCACAUCAACUGUGAGAACAACACUGUCUCAGUGUUCUGGGAUGCCAGCAAUGGCUCAGAGUCAUACCAUGUAACAGCACAAGGGACCAAUGGCCACUGGGCCUCCUGCAAUACAACAGGCACUGAAUGUGAGGUCUCCGACGUGUAUUGUGGACUGUAUUACUAUGUAACUGUACAGGCAGUCCGCAUGGGAUGUAACAGCUCACAAAGCUCGGCCCUGACAGUUAAAACAGUACCAUGUGUUCCCCAGAAUGUUGAUGCUUACGUGGACUGUGAUUCUGGACAUAUGUCAGUCUCCUGGGAAUUUUGUGAAGGCGCAUCAUCAUACAUUGCCACUGCAGACGGAGGCGACAUGCAGCAAUGCAGUGCCAACGAUACGCUGUGUGACAUCACUGACCUGUCCUGCGGAGAGACCUACACUGUCACAGUCCUUGCGCACGAUGACACCUGUGACUCUGCUGAAAGCCCUUCCAUCACAACGAGAACAGUUUCCUGCAUCCCACAGAACCUGGAUGUCCAUCUAGACUGUGACACAAAUGAUGCUUCAGUAUUGUGGAGCCACACUAAAGGUGCAGUCUCCUACUCGGCAACAGUGGAAGGAAGUGAUGGGCACCCAGUUUCCUGCGAGACGGCCAAUACUGAAUGUCAGAUAACCAACCUACACUGUGGACAGGUGUAUAACUUAACUGUGAGAGCACUGGAUGGUGUGUGUGACUCCUCACAAAGCUCACAGUUUGAGUUCAGCACUGUCCCGUGCGCACCUGACAACAUUUCCAUUAACCUGGACUGUGACACCAAAAGUACGUCAGUGACCUGGGCAAAGGCUGAGGGUGCCUUGUGGUACAUUACAACAGCAGAAGGACAAGAUGAACACGUUUCACUGUGUAACACAACAGAGACGAGCUGUGACUUCGUGGAUCUGCACUGCAGUCACACAUAUUCAAUAACUGUAAAAGCAAUGGAUGCUUACUGUCAGAGUAUAAAUGCUUCAGUGUUUGAAACUAAGACAGCCCCUUGUCCCCCUCAGAACGUACAAGCUGAUUGUGCUGGUGUCACUGCCUUUGUAUCAUGGGAGCCGAGUAACCUCACAUUGUGGUAUACCGCUACGGCAGAGGGGAGCGAUGGACACAUAGCCACCUGUACCACAUCCGAAACAAACUGUCUCAUCCCAGAUCUUCACUGCAGCCAAACAUACAACAUCACUGUCCUCGCAUUCGGUGAAACCUGCAGCAGCCUUCGGAGCUCCCACUACGGAAUUCAUACAGCACCAUGUGCCCCAGAUGAAAUCAUUGCCAAUGUGGAUUGUAACUCCAAUAGAGUGGUGGUGUCCUGGGGAACGACUGGUGGAGCAACCUCAUUCGGUGUGACUGCUGAGGGCAGUGAUGGUCAUAUACACUCACACAACACCACAGAGACACGCCAUGAAAUGCUGGAUUUACACUGCGGACAGUCCUAUAACAUAACCAUAACGACACUGAGUUACGGCCGGCAUGGCAUUUCGAGUACUUCCGUCCAAAUACAAACUGCACCCUGUAUUCCUGAGAAUCUAACGGCUGAGCUCAAUUGUGACUUGAACACAAUAUCCUUCUGGUGGGAUGAGACUGCUGGAGCAAAGUUAUACACUGUGACUGUUCGAGAUAGUCAAAGAGUUACGGCUUUAUUCAACACGAGUGAUACAAGGGCUCAAAUCCAGGACCUGCAGUGUGGUGAAUAUUAUACAAUCUCAGUUCUAGCAACAGAUGACAUCUGCAGGAGGCCCCAGACUGCAGUGGUGAACGUACAUUCAGUCCCUUGUGACCCACAGAAUGUCAAAGUACAACUGGAUUGUAACCUCAAUACAGCUCUUGUAUUGUGGGACUAUAGUGAAGGAGCACUGUGGUACACUGCCAUUGCAGAAGGAGCUGAUGGGGGCAACAUUUCAUGCAGCACAUCAGAAACAUCAUGUAGAACACCCAUGCUGCGCUGCGGCCAGUUAUAUUCUGUGUACGUUGUAGCAUCGGACAGGACCUGCAACCAUUCUCUGAGUUCAGCAGUUGAAAUACAGACAGCUCCCUGUAGUCCCCAGAAUGUAAGUGCUCACUUGGACUGUGGAAACCACACAACAUCAGUUUGGUGGGAGGAGAGCGAGGGUGCAGUGUACUACACUGCUAUGGCAGAAGGAGUGGAAGGAGAGGACUACUCGUGCAAUACAACAGGAACAAACUGUGAGAUUGUAGGCCUCCCAUGUGGCCAGAUGUUUAAUAUAACAGUGUUAGCGAUGGACGAGAAUUGCACCAGUUUACCAAGUCCAGCCUUUGAAAUUCAAACAGUACCCUGUAUCCCACAGAACGCGGUAGCUCACAUCAACUGCGAGAACAACACUGUCUCAGUGUUCUGGGAUGCCAGCAAUGGCUCAGAGUCAUACCAUGUAACAGCACAAGGGACCAAUGGCCACUGGGCCUCCUGCAAUACAACAGGCACUGAAUGUGAGGUCUCCGACGUGUAUUGUGGACUGUAUUACUAUGUAACUGUACAGGCAGUCCGCAUGGGGUGUAACAGCUCACAAAGCUCGGCUCUGGCAGUUAAAACAGUACCGUGUGUCCCCCAGAAUGUUGAUGCUUACGUGGACUGUGAUUCUGGACAUAUAUCGGUCUCCUGGGAAUUUUGUGAAGGCGCAUCAUCAUACAUUGCCUCUGCAGACGGAGGCGACAUGCAGCAAUGCAGUGCCAACGAUACGCUGUGUGACAUCACUGACCUGUCCUGUGGAGAGACCUACACUGUCACAGUCCUUGCGCACGAUGACACCUGUGACUCUGCUGAAAGCCCUUCCAUCACAACGAGAACAGUUCCGUGCAUCCCACAGAACCUCGAUGUCCAUCUAGACUGUGACACAAAUGAUGUUUCAGUAUUGUGGAGCCACACUAAAGGUGCAGUCUCCUACUCGGCAACAGUGGAAGGAAGUGAUGGGCACCCAGUUUCCUGCGAGACGGCCAAUACUGAAUGUCAGAUAACCAACCUACACUGUGGACAGGUGUAUAAUUUAACUGUGACAGCACUGGAUGGUGUGUGUGACACCUCACAAAGCUCUCUAUUUGCAUUCAGCACUGCACCUUGUGCACCCGAACCCAUUUCCACCAGUCUGGACUGUGACACCAGGAGUACAUCAGUGACCUGGGCAAAGGCUGAGGGUGCCUUGUGGUACAUUACAACAGCAGAAGGACAAGAUGGACACGUUUCACGGUUCAGAUAUAUUCAAUAA